ACAUAUCCCAAAAUACAACAUUUGUUAUCGUAGUCCGUGAGGGAGGAAGAGGAGAGAAUCACGUCUGCAGACUUCAGGCUACGCUGUUGGAAAAAUGCUCCUCUUCUACCAACCCCAGUGUCCAGACCUAUAUGUGUCGGCCUGCUGCUAACGUGCGAGCGCCUUCCUGUAUUGAGGUGAAUGAGCAGUACCGCUAGAAAGCUUACUCGCUUCAUCGAUCACCAGAUACCCAGGAAGGAACACCACAGUCCCCUACACCACUCCCCCGGUGCAACGACCUCAAGUGUUUCACCACCCUUUCACGGUCUUAUCACACGGUUCAUCCAACGGUCUUCCCUUCCCUUCCAGCCCUCUGUCCUCCGGCAAAUCAGAGCAGGAUGGAGGCCUCUUUUGGCCCCACCUUCUCAACUGUGGCCGCAGGUGCUAAAGGUAGCACACACAGGAGAACCCCCUCCUCCUCUAGUACCCUGACCUACUCCCCCCGCGACGACGACGACAUGCCUCCCAUCGGGACGCCCCGCAGGUCAGACUCGGCCAUCUCCAUCCGUUCUCUGCACUCUGAGUCCAACAUGUCCCUGCGGUCCACCUUUUCCCUGCAUGAAGAGGAGGAGGACACGGAGCCCCAGGUGUUUGCGGAGCAGCCGUCGGUGAAGCUGUGCUGCCAGCUCUGUUGCAACGUCUUCAAAGACCCAGUCAUCACCACGUGUGGGCACACUUUCUGCAGAAGAUGCGCCUUGAGUUCAGAUAAAUGUCCGGUGGACACGGCCAAGCUGACCGUGGUGGUCAACAACAUCGCUGUGGCCGAGCAGAUCGGCGAGCUCUUUAUCCACUGCAAGUACGGCUGCCGAGCCACGCCGGCCAGCGCCGCCGCUGCGGGAGGGGCUGGGGCGGCGGCGGGCGCUGGGGUCGCAGCGCCCGGGGCCGCCACCGUGGCCGUCCCCACCAUCACCACCGUGGCGGGAAAACCGGGCGCAUAUGAGGUGGACCCCCUCGGCUGCCCCUUCACCAUCAAGCUCACCUCACGCAUGGAGCACGAGGUGAGCUGUGACUACCGGCCGGUGCGUUGCCCUAACAACCCGUCUUGCCCCCCGCUGCUCACCAAACACCUGGAAGCCCACCUCAAGGAGUGUGAACACAUCAAGUGUCCUCACUCCAAAUAUGGCUGCACGUUCAUCGGGAACCAGGACACCUACGAGACUCACCUGGAGGUGUGCAAGUUUGAGGGCCUCAAGGAAUUCCUGCAGCAAACCGAUGACAGGUUCCAUGAAAUGCAACUAACGCUCUCCCAGAAGGACCAGGACAUCGCCUUCCUGCGCUCCAUGCUGGGCAAACUCUCUGAGAAACUGGACCAGCUGGAGAAGAACCUGGAGCUCAAGUUUGACGUGCUAGAUGAGAACCAGAGUAAGCUGAGCGAGGACUUGAUGGAGUUCCGUAGAGAUGCCUCCAUGCUUAACGACGAGUUGUCCCACAUCAACGCCAGGCUCAACAUGGGCAUCCUGGGCUCCUACGACCCCCAGCAGAUCUUCAAGUGCAAGGGAACCUUUGUGGGCCACCAGGGGCCCGUGUGGUGCCUCUGUGUCUACUCCACCGGAGACCUGCUCUUCUCCGGCUCCUCAGACAAGACCAUCAAGGUGUGGGAUACCUGCACUACAUACAAGUGUCAGAAGACCUUAGAAGGUCACGACGGCAUUGUCUUGGCGCUGUGCAUCCAGGGGAACCGGUUGUACAGUGGCUCUGCGGACUGCACCAUCAUAGUGUGGGACAUCCAGACUCUGCAGAAGGUGAACACGAUCCGGGCCCAUGACAAUCCUGUGUGCACGUUAGUCUCCUCCCACAACAUGCUGUUCAGUGGCUCCCUCAAGGCCAUCAAGGUGUGGGACAUCGUGGGCACAGAGCUGAAGCUGAAGAAAGAGCUGACUGGUCUCAACCACUGGGUCCGAGCACUGGUGGCUUCUCAGAACCACCUGUACAGCGGCUCCUAUCAGACCAUCAAGAUCUGGGACAUUCGCUCCCUGGAUUGUGUCCAUGUGCUCCAGACCAGCGGGGGCAGUGUGUACUCCAUCGCUGUCACCAACCACCACAUCGUCUGCGGCACCUACGAGAACCUCAUCCAUGUGUGGGACAUAGACACUAAGGAGCAGGUGCGUACCCUGACGGGUCACGUGGGGACUGUGUACGCCCUGGCGGUCAUCUCCACGCCGGACCAGACCAAGGUGUUCAGCGCCUCCUACGACCGCUCGCUGCGGGUGUGGAGCAUGGACAACAUGAUCUGCACCCAGACCCUGCUGAGGCACCAGGGCAGUGUGACGGCACUGGCCGUCUCUAGGGGGCGCCUGUUCUCGGGGGCGGUGGACAGCACCGUGAAGGUGUGGACUUGUUAGAAGAUCACAUGUCCUCCCGCUCUCUUCCCCACCCCCCCCCCCCCCCCCCCCCCCCCCACACUUCCCCACGCCGCCUGCGGACUCUGGUGGCGGACAGGACCGGUCGAUGCAGCUCUUUGAUCAAAGUGUUUUAUUAAUGCAAACCAAACUUUUACACUCCCCGUUGGACCUGUCAAGUUCAAGCGCUCCUGGACUUCUCGGCUCCCUGCACUCGACGGAGGACGAUGAUGGCUGCCGAGGUUGAUGAUGAUGAUGAUGAUGAUGAUGAGGGGGAGAAGAGCCGCCUUAUGCUUGCACCAAUCACCAGGCUGCGGGGAGCCAUGCCGCCUUCUGAGUGGCCACCAAUGCUGCUCCUACUCGUAAUGGAACGCAGAUGAGAUUACCCUUAUAUUUUUUUGUGUAUUGUUUUAUGAUUUUCGCACAAUGUUUGGGAGCUUGUGGUCAUAAAAAAAAACAAAAAACUGCCACUGACUAAACUCUACUGAUGCCUGAACUGUAUGAAGAGAAAGCAACCCACCGUGCCAGUUUCACUGAUGAGAACCUCAACGGCGACUCGACUUCGGAGAGAACCCCACACACCCUGUCGGUGUGUGGUGGAAACGUCAAGGCGGUUUACGUACACAAUGUUGUGUCGGGUCGCCGCAUCCAACCCGAAUCUCCAAACGCUCCGUAGCGCAGAGUUACUUCACGCCACUUUCAAAGGAGUGGUUCUCGCGAAUGUUGAUGAGAAGCGUUGUGUGUUGGUGUCAGCAGUCGGCUCGGGUGAUUUUAAGAGAUGACGCAUCUCCAAAAGUCUCCAAGGGCUUCGAAGGCCCAUCUUUAGACCAUUCCCCAUUAACCCCUCAACUUGUUUUGAACUGCUUUUGGGGCGGUGAGGUCACAGGUCAGGAAGGGGAACCGAGUAUUUCAGAAUGCUACUUGCUCCCUGCAUGAUUGUUUUUGCGGAGCCAGAUCUAAAUCGAUACAGACUUCAGUUGGCUCGUGGAAAGCGGAAGAACAAAAGCCAGUAUGGACUCCUAUAUCUAUUCUCACAGACUUCCAUUCAGGACUUUACCUGUUGGUCUCUUGUGAAAAUGACCGCCUUCUAGAAUGUUAAGCUAAGGGAUCUCUCGUAUAACGGGGCAAACAGGCCUCCUAGGUUAACAGACUUUUGUAAUAGUGCCAUGAUUUAAAGCUUGUUCCACGCCAUUUAAAAAUGAAAUGGUUGUAUAGUUAAGAAUGACAUUGGUGGUGACACCAUCAAUAUGUGCCCGGAAGAGCGGAUGUCGUAGGAGAAGGAUUGGCCUGGGUGUGUGUGUGUGUGUGUGCGUGUGUGUCGUUCUCUCUGUGUUUGUCUUUCUCUGUUGUGUAUGAGUGUGCGCCAGUGUGCUAAUUUUUGAGUGCCAUAUUCACCGAUGAAGUCUGAAAAGAAAAUGGCGACCAGUUCUUCUCUCCAAAUCCUCUUCCUAUGUCACCUCCCGGACACAUGCAACCCCACUGUGUGGAAGAAGGUCUGACUGUUCACCUCAGACUAAAGUCUCAGUGACUGAACACGCAUUGCUAGGAGAUGCGGUCACUGUUAUACUUAAAACGACCGUAUGGGUGGUGGAAAAAGACUGGAGGAGACUUGGGGGCGAUAAAAGCGAGGUUGUCUGUGUUUAUUGGGUAUUGGAGCCCUAAAGUUAACAUUAAGGGGAUGUGGCUAUCAUGGAUCUCGCUGUUCGGGCUGAAAUUUAAUUUUUGUUCCGACACCAAAUUAUCUUGCUUUGCCCCGUCACCAGGUUUAAUAUGUGUAAAACGAGUUCAGUCAGAACCUCUUGUCAGUAGUGAUGUCUCAACUGACGGGGACUCGACUGUUACCUAUUCAAUGCAUUUAAACCACCAGAAUAUAUAUGAAUAUCUUGUAUUCAAUUUAUUUGGUAAAACAAACGUCGUUGACAAUAGGCUUCCUAUUAAAUUGACCAAAGACAAAUGACCCGGUUUCAAUGUAAUUCUAUGUAAAGUGUCACAUCAUUAACUGCUAUGAGGUUAACAGGUCCAUCAACUUGGCACAAUCACGUGGUUAUGUUAAAAUGUUUUUUUUUAGCAAUUUCAACGGUUUUAUUUUCUUAAGUAUAUAUACUCGAUACAGUUAUGUAAGGGGGGGCAGGAGGAAGUGGGGGGAGGAGAUGUCACACACUGAUCACGCCGUCAUUCAUUACUUUCAUUGCACACAUGUAAGCCUGAUUUGAUCAACGAUCAAUAAAUCUGUUGUACACUA